CGUGACUGAAAUAUGACGAUUGACGACAUUAAUUUUAAUCGAUAUUAAUAUAUGUACACAUAUAGACCGUAGCUGGUGAUAACCGCGAAUAAAAUUGUUGGAUUACAAGUUAAAUUUCAAGGAUUUAAAAACAGUGUAACGAAACUAAAGCUAAAAUUACUGAACAUUUCAACAUAAAGAACAUACAUGUCCAUGGAUUACUGACAAUGAAUGCUAACAUGACACGUUGACUGAACAUCUUCAGUCAACGCAUGACAUUAAAACAUGGCAACAAUGAAUUGCAGGUGUACGCUAAAAUUAGAGCAUUUAACGGUAUUCUGAAAUAUCGGAGGUACAUGCCAAGGCGGAUCACCUUUACUUUGUUCUGGGAAUGUUUUGGCAAUUCGUUUGGCGCUUGAACAUGUUCAAAUUCGUAAAUACCUCAUGCGAUAAGUCGGUGACGUCAUUCCCUAACCGGCUGUCAGCUGAUCGCCAACAUGGCAGUCAAAGCUGAGAGAUGCCUCUUCGGUAGUUUGGUGAGAGCCUUCGAGCCACUUCGAGCGUUGUGUUUCUGCUGCGGUGAACUGUCAAUUCCGUAUAUUCUUGAUGUUAUCAAUUCGUGAAGUAAAAUAUCUGUCAAAAAAUGUCGGCCCAGCGAGCUCUGCCUCAAAGCAAAGAGGCAUUAUUGAAAUCUUAUACAACAAGACUGAAAGACGAUGUCAAAUCGAUGUUGGAAAACUUCGAAGAAAUAGUUAAACUGGCGAAAGGUGAAAAUGAUACCCAACUAUCACGCAUGACACAGUGUGAACAGGAUACAUACGAAAUGCACGUCAGAGCGGCAAACAUUGUUCGUGCUGGAGAAUCUUUAAUGAAGCUCGUAUCUGACAUAAAGCAAUAUUUAAUUUUAAAUGAUUUUCCAUCUGUCAAUGAUGCGAUUACACAGAAUAGUAAAUUAUUUCGAACUAAACAGGCUGAAUGUGAUCAAAAACUUGCUUCUUUAAGAGAUGAUAUGGCUGCCGAUCUAUAUGACUUGGAAGAAGAAUAUUACACGUCGAUUUAUAAGUGAAAAAGUGUUUUGCACUCAAGAGAACUGAGAAAAAUCAGAAUAUUCAUUAUAAGCUCGGCUUUGAGCCAGUGUAGAUAUAAGGCAGCCCUGUCUCAAAUUGUAAUGCAAUGAGUAAAAUUACCCAUCUAUUCUAGUGAAAUAUUUUGUAUAAUUGAAUAAAUAAUUGAUUUUACUAAAGAAAAGUCCGAGAAUUUCUUCCAUAUCUCACUUCUUCAAGUGUUACUUAUUUGUAGUGCAUAAAAAUUAUAAAUAUUUUAAACUGAGGCGAAAGAAUAUGAAAGUGAUUUACCUGCGAAUAGUAACUGGUAUAACAAUCAUCUACAAUAUAAUUUCAAUCAGUAUUGUAUUUACGGUACUGCGAGUAGAAUGAAAGGAAUCAAUUUGCAUUUCAACGGAAAUCAGGCAGAUUUCGAAGCUACGUAAUCAUUGCACGCAUGAUAAAACAGUGGAAAACCGUCGUGACCAUAGUUUUUAGUUUAAUGAUUUCUUUAUUACUUCAAUAUUUCGUAACACGUAGUUUCCAGUACAGUAGAUACAUCACACAGUUUUUUUAUAUUUAAUAUUUUUUUUAAUUAUUGUUUUGCUAAUCAAUAUGUAUGAUUUUAGUAUAAAUCAAUGCUUCGUGGUAAUUAUAGUCUUAUGAUUAAUGUAAUACUAGUUGUUUAAUCAAAUGAUGUAAUAUAAUUAACAUCUUGCAUACUAUGCCGAUGGAUAUAUUACGAUACUGUACAAUAAUAAUUUACAUAAACUUACGGAGCCUGCGCAAAUAUAUCAAAAGAAACUUAAUGGAACGAUGUAACAAUGUUCUCACACAGUUGAGGGUAAACAGAUUUACCGACUCUUGGAAUGUGUAAUGUUAAGUAACCACUUCAGAUUUUUCUAGCCAACCAAAACCAACUGUACUAGCUUCAAUAGGCUACUAAACAAUAAGGGUAAAACUAGUACAUAAAAAUCGUACUAGACACAGGAGUACAGUAAAUCUUGUUAUUAAUAUUAUUGGUUAAUCCAUUCAGUUACAUCACGCAGACUCAAAGGAAAAUUUGAAAUAUUCCGCAAGUGAACAAAUUUAAAAGAAAAAACAUUACGAUGACAGGUAAAUGCCGUGACAUUGACGUACCAGCUAAAUUACAAUAAAAGAAAAAAUAAUAACAUUCAAAAUGAAUAGUAAUAAAGAAAAAAAGGAGAGCAAAAUUACGAAGAAUAAAACAUUACAUCACAAAGAUGAAAUUCUAUGAAAUGAUUCACUCUUUGCAUACAGAUUUUCAGUUUUAAAUAUCACCUUUGUAUUAUUGUACAUAUAGUGAGAAGUUUUUUGGCGGUCGUCUGACAUAGCUUUGGUAUAUCAAAAAACAGAGUAUACCAAGAAAUAGUUUACGUCAAUCAUA